AUGAAAAAUAAGAACACUUUGGCAGCUUACAGAUUCAUCAAGAAUAGUCGUGUAGCCGACAGAAGAGUCACCAGACCCGCUUUAAGUCAAGUAGUCAUACCUGGAGGCAUCACUAGCAUAUCCGAAUAUAAUCAUCACCCAUCGAUCUAUCCAUUUAGAACCUUCAAUUUUUCCACGAUUCCUUUGAUCAAAACUGGUUUGGCGACUCAACGUUUUCAUUCAGGUACGCAAACGAUGCUUCUUAAACUAGCGACUUUAUUGGAAAUAUUAUUAGCGAUAUCCAGAGCUUAUCUGGACAAGUAUAUCAAGAGGAUUAGGUUUGGUAUGAGAGCUCGCGAGAGCUGGAGGUCUCAUUCAGACACUAUCCUAGACCUAGACCCUGAAUUCUGCCACAAUGUCUUGGGAUCCUGUAGAAGUAGCAAAGAGGAGAGUUAUGCAUACAAGUUGGGCUAUGACCCUAAGGGCGCAACGUAUCUCACCGAAGAAUCUUUGUACAUAGUGUGUCCGGAAUACAAUCGCAAAACCCAGUGCUUGGUAGAAGCUGCGAUUGAUCUACUGCAAGAGAGGUCCGACUUGCAAAAGACUAAACGAGUUGGAUUUGGCAAAUCAAGAGUCUCAAACUACUGUCAAACACAGGCUGUUGAAGAAAGCUCGAGGCCAAACUUGACACAUCCUAAAAGGAUCUUCAUGAUAUUUUCACCUGGCGCAGUGGCAAGGAGUCUUACUGUAAAUCCCUAUACCCAAGUCAUCUUAUCGUCGUCUGGCUCAGAUAUACCUUUCAUGGCUUUAGGGCAGCCUUCGGGGGGUAUCUCAAACUUCACCCUGAUAUGGCUAACCGCUAUCACCGCAAUCCAGAAGAUUGGCCAGAUUCCGCAAACCCGUCAGGGCUAUGGUUACCAAGGCAAUACCGCAGCUUUCUGUAGCUCAGAUUCAUGCGAGCACUCAUUCAUGAAGGUCCGAACUAUAUCGUUAAAUGGGGAGACCACAUAG